GAGAAUAUAAUUUUACCAACAUCUGAUUACCAAAUACCAACAAAAUUCAGAAAUUUGUUCCAUCCAUGUUUUGGGGGUUGGACCCCCAUUUUUUUGAAAUGUCCUCUAGGAUCGGAAUCUUAUCGUAAUACUAUAAUAUGGGGUAUGCCAAAAAACAUUGUAAUGCAAUUGAUUCAGAUUACUAAGAUCCUACCUAAGGUCAGUAGGUAAUACUAAUUAUGAAGGUUGGCAAUGCAUUCAUGCCACUGGGUGAAAAGCAUGUGAAGUCGAAAGUUAAACUGUUAUCAUGGUCACCGAAGCUGGAUUUAUUCGCAGUGGCCACAGCUACAGGGGAACUACUAUUGUAUCGCUUAGUUUCAAAAGAAAGAAUUUGGAUAUUACCUGUUCCUGAGAGCGGUACAAACAUUCUUUCUUUAUCAUGGAGACCAGAUGGCAAAGUCAUUUCUGUUGCCUAUGAUUGCACCAAGGAUAAUAUAAAGUUUAUUUACAUGGAAAAAGCAGAAAUACUUUGGAAAUUUUCAUCUCCAAAAACAGAACUUAUAAAAUGGUUUGAUAUGAAUUUUCCUCAAUUAAAAGACAUUUCACAUAAAAAUAGGGGCCUAAAUAGUGAAGAAUAUCUUCCCAAAGUACCAGAAUUGCAUAUUGAGAAUGAAGAAAAGACUGGGAAUUUGAUGUAUGCUGUUAAUGAUGAAAAUUUCUAUGUUUUACUAUCAUGCGACUCCAAUUGUAAUGUGACUAUUUUGGUCAAUGGAAUAUUCCCGAUAGCUCGAGUUACAUGCCAUGAUCAAUCAUCACAUCCACAUUGCAUUCUCGGGGUGCAAAUAUCUCCCAAUAUAGACAGUCUCACAGUUGUAUACUCAAAACAUAUCUCACAUUCUACAGAAACAUGGGCAACAAUUUAUAAUCUUAAGGUUUUGACCGAAAAUAUUGAACUUUAUUAUGCUGCAGCACAUAAAGCAUAUAAGGUAUUAACACUCGACCAAUAUUUGAAUAUUAUUUUUGAAAGUAUCAGCGAAAAAUGUGACACUGUAACCCAGGAAGUUGAUUCACAGUUAACAAGUUAUUUGGUAAAAAGUAGCUCAUCUGAAAAUAUUGGUGAUGACUUUCUCCAGCUUUUAAUUUGGGGAAAACCAACGGAUUCUUUGAAAAAUAUAUUGACAAGACAUUUUACUAAAAAGGAUAUUAAAAAGUUGGGCAUUCUUAUUGAAUCAUCUUAUACAAGCAUCCAGCAGCAAUUGAUAGUUAAUUUUCAAACUGGUUUGAUGUCACUUUACUAUCAUUUAACUGAGCUUAGAGGAAUGGCUGUUGAUAACAAAAAUGUUCUUCCAUUUGAGAUUUCUGAAGUUGAACAUUUAUUAUCCACAACUGGUUCAUUAAUGCUUAAAGUUUCUGAAAUGCUCCAAGUCAUUGACACAAGUCUAAAAAACUUCAAAGCUUUUUUCCGUUGGCUGUAUUGCUCAAUGUUGAAAAUGCAGGCCGAGCCAGUCGACGAUGUGGGCCAAUCGUCUGGAAAUGAUGUUGCACUGGUAGCUGAUUUCAUUUACGAACAUCUAGUAUCGAGGAGACAGACAGAUUUGAAAAAAGGAAAACAAUUUCAUCUGGAGAAAGUGUAUCAGUAUCUAAAAGAUGAGCCGCUAACUCAACUAGCAAAGACUACUCAAAAUGAAUGGACCAAUUUUGUUGCAAGCAGUAGUAUAUUAUCAAACAGUAAGUUGAUAAUCCAUCCUCAGCCAGAGUCAUCAUUGAGACAAAUUUUUAAUCGAAUGACAAAUCAGUUGUUAAAUCUUGUAAGUUUAUCUGGAGAGUCCAUAAACUGCAAUGUCUCGCAUAAAAUCCAACUUGAUAAAACUGUUGGCAAUUUCAGACCAAAAGUACAACUUUGGAUCAAGGAGAGUACAAAUGCUGGUAUUACUAUGGGAGUCGAUGAAAACCCUGAAGGACAUGGAAUAUAUUUAUUGAUUUCAAAUAAACACUCAUUUGAAAAAGCAGAUUUAUUUUUCCUUGGUUCAAAACAAGUUGAUUUGAACUCUAUGAGAGCAAUGAAGAUUCACUUCAAUAAAUUUGAAUCUCUGCCGAAUGUUGAAAACACAGAAACGACAGAACAAAUCCUUGAAAUAUUCGAUUUUGACUGGUAUGAUGAAAACACAAUGACUUUUAUACUUGGUGAAAAGCUACUUGAAAAACGAUCUAAAACAUUUCUCGUACAGACUGUAAUGUCAGACAUGAUUGUAAAAUUAAACACAAUUGGUGUUGGACCAUCCCCAUUACCAUUUCAAACAGGAUCAUUUGUAGAUCAACAUUUUCCUCAAUGUAACGCAUCUGAAUUCAGUAACGACAUUCGAGAUUUAGGUAGUAAAGUGAGUGGUAUGUAUGUAGCGUCAUCUGGGGGCCGUAAAGUUUCAUGCGUGUUAUCACAGGACUCUCAUCACAUAUAUCCUUUCCUCAUGGAUCACACAGAAGAAGAUGAGGAUUAUUAUGAAGAUGAUGGCGAAGAAUAGAUGGAUGUUUCCUCUGAAUUUGAACCUCAAAGUCGUAUGGACUGUUGAGCAAACAGCAGUGUUAUGGAAAAUGAAUUCCUACCUCUUAGCAAGAUGACCAAACUGUUUUAGGUAAUCGUAUAGCUACAAUUUCAUUUCUGUUUAAAUUUUUUGUGGGACAUCUUUUGAUUAAAUCUGAAUACAAAAUUCA